CUGCCCUGCUUGUGCCAGUCUUGGAGAUCUCCUGAGCUUGGAAGGAGUGCCAGACGCGGGUUCUGUUCUUGGCCGAGAGAAGCGCCCUCCAACCCAUCCUCCGCCCACCAUGGCUUUCGUCAACUCCACCAUCGGCGCCUCCACCUCCACCUCCUCUUCCUCCACCACCCUGGCCACCCUCAGCCGCUUCUCCACCGUCGACUACGCCAUCUUCGUCCUCCUCCUGCUGGCGUCGCUGCUGGUGGGGACGCUGUCGGGGUGGCGCAGCGGCAAGAGGGACGCCAAGGACUUCCUGACGGGGGGACGGAGCAUGAACCCUGUGGCGGUGGUGCUGUCUCUGCUCGGGGGCGUCGUGUCGGCGCUCUCCGUCCUGGGCAACGCCACAGAAAUCUACCUGUACGGGACGCAACUGUGGAUGAACCUUCUCGGCUGCAUCUACGGCGCCGCCUUCGUCAUCACCGUCCUCCUGCCGGUGUUCUACCCCCUCGGCCUCGCCACCAUGAAUGAGAUUUUGCAGUAUUUGUAA